GCCUCAGCCGGGGUAAGUCUUUCUUGUUCAGACUGACAAGCUGAUGAGUCGGAUUCGGCUUACUGGCUGAGCUGGGAGGAAGCGACCUGUCUGUGUUGGACAGAAAGCAGAGUAUUUUAGCUGCAUGUAGCUCUAAUCUGUGCUUGUCUGCUCCGGAGAAAUCAAAUAUGGUCUCAUGCGGUGUUUCCCCGAGACCACGCUAGCCCUGUGUACCGUUCACUGAGCUGCAAGCAAAGCCUUAGCCGACACUGAAGUACUGUAACCGCACUGACUCUGUCAUACCCCUGACCUGAUCAGCUGCCUUCUGGUCGAGCAUGAUCUUGGUGUUGGAGCUCAGCUGCAAUGCAUGCAUUAGGCUGUAGAAUGAACCUGGCAGCAGUGCUAAAUGGCCUGCUUGUGUCGCUGGUUGCAGCCUUGCUAUGGAAGUAUGUCCGGCUGAGCGACCACAUGGCCCAACUGGAAGAGGAACUACAACUGACGCGGCAAUCCCAGGAACUUUCACAUGUACGCAUAGAUUAUCAUGCUGCCCUGUUGGCUCUGCAAGAGCAAGGCACAAGGAUGGUCUGCACCGGCAAGAUGCACACGGACCGUAUCUGCCGCUUUGACUAUCUUUGCUACUGUACCGAGGCUGAGGAGUUUAUAUUCUUCCAUAGUAAUGCCUCUGUCAUGCUUCCCAAUUUGGGUCCUCGUCGAUUCCAACCAGCCCUGCUGGACUUGUCCUCUGUUGAGGAUCAUAAUACCCAGUAUUUUAACUUCCUAGAACUGCCUGCAGCGGCACUAAAGUACAUGCCGAAGCCUGUGUUUGUGCCAGAUGUCACUCUCAUCCUCAACCGCUUCAACGCUGAUAACUUAAUGCACAUCUUCCAUGAUGAUCUCCUUCCAAUAUUCUACACCAUGCAUCAGUACACAGACUUGGAUGAUGAAGCCCGACUCGUCUUCAUGGAAGGUUGGGGAGAGGGGAGCCAUUUUGAUCUUUAUCGCCUGCUUAGCAGCAAACAGCCACUACUUAAAGAGCACCUGCGGAACUUAGGCAAGCUCAUGUGCUUUACCAAAUCCUAUGUCGGAUUGUCAAAGAUGACCACAUGGUAUCAGUAUGGCUUUGUACAGCCACAAGGUCCCAAAGCCAACAUUCUGGUUUCUGGUAAUGAGAUUCGUCAGUUUGCUUCAUUCAUAAUGGACAGGCUUAAUAUCACAGCAGAGGAGCGGCCUGAAGGCGAUGAUUAUAUAGUGGUGUUUAGUAGAGCAUCUAACAGGCUGAUACUCAAUGAGGCUGAGCUGCUACUCACUUUGGCUCAAGAGUACAAAAUGAGAACAGUUACUGUUUCCUUGGAGGAGCAAACAUUUGCAAGCAUAGUCCAGCUUAUCAGUGCGGCAUCCAUGUUGGUCAGCAUGCAUGGCGCUCAACUGAUUACGUCCAUGUUCCUACCCAGAGGGGCUGCUGUCAUCGAACUUUUUCCAUAUGCAGUCAAUCCGGAGCAGUAUACACCAUAUAGAACUCUGGCCUCCCUGCCAGGAAUGGACCUACAGUAUAUAGCAUGGAGAAACACCAUGGAAGAGAAUACUGUGACCUAUCCCGACCGCCCCUGGGACCAAGGAGGAAUCAGUCACCUGGAGCAAGAGGAACAGGAACGCAUCCUAGCUAGCAAGGAGGUGCCAAGGCACCUCUGCUGCCGCAACCCAGAAUGGCUUUUCAGGAUUUAUCAGGACACCAUUGUGGACAUUCCGUCCUUCCAGGAAGUCCUUAGAGAAGGUCUAAAAGUUAAGCCUAAUCUGAAAAAGACCAAACCAGGCAACGUAGUACAUCCCGGUCGAGUCAGACAACCCAAGUGCCAGACAUCAGUGCAGGCUGCCCACGAAGCAAAGCUUUCUGUGUCCUGGCAGAUACCCUGGAACCUGAAGUACUUGAAAGUAAGAGAGGUAAAAUAUGAAGUAUGGAUCCAGGAGCAGGGAGAGAACACAUACAUGCCUUAUAUUCUCCCUCAACAAAACUAUACCUUUUCAGAGAACAUUAAACCCUUUACCACAUAUUUAGUGUGGGUGCGCUGUAUCUUUAACAAGAACCUUUUGGGACCAUUUGCAGACGUUCUUAUAUGUAAAACCUAACUGUUAAACUUAGUGUCAUGCCUAGAGUCAGGGAAAUGCUGAUUACACAUACUGUGAAAAAGAAGUGUUCUGUGGAAAAGAGGGAUUUUCCUCCAUGACACACUCUGAAGCUCAUUACCACAGUAAAUUAGAGGGACAUUUAUGCUGAGGAGAACUAAAAACAAUACAGUAUACUGAACUGCCAAAUCAGACCUUUUGAAAAGACGGUCAACAUUAUCAUGAGUCUGAAAGCAUUUUCGAUAUUCAGAUUGUAUUUAUAAAACUGUAACGUAAUUUAUUUUUAUUUAUUAGUUAAAGAUGUCUUUAUUGUGCCUGUGGGUGUGAUUUAUGUAAAUUGCGCUGAUAAAUAUUUUCAAGUUUCCUACUUUUUUGCCAGAACUGAUUUUGUUAAAAAAACAUUUUGCAGUCCUGAAUUUUAUGUGGCUUUGUGACUUAAGCAAAUGUUUCAUGUAGUCAUUACAUUCUAAUUGGUUAGCUCUUAACAUUAGAUAUAAUAUUGAGCAUAAUUAGCCUAAAAAAAAAAGGUCUAAAAAAUGUUUUCCCCUCUGUUUAUUACACAUUGUAUGUGUGAUGACUUGUACUAGUUUUCCUUUUCAUGCUAGAAGACAUUUCAUGCUUGCCUAUUUUGAUAUUGAAACAGAUUGCAAUUGAGACUUACUGUAUUGGGGUCUGCAGUGGGGAGGCUCAGAUUUUAAUUGUGGCCUGGCAUGAUCAAAUAAAAAUAAUAACAGAACAGGGUUCAUUAAAACAAAGACUUGAAUGUAACCUGUAGUAUGAGUUAUCAAGCUUCUAACUAUAAAUGGUUUCAUUCUUCAA